UGUGAGAGAAUGAUAAAAUAAUUGAUAAAAAGGGAAUUAUGUUGUAGGGAGAAUUGUUCGUAGAGUUUCAUUACCGAAUGCCCCUAUAAAUAGGGAUAGAGUAGGGUUUACAAGUACAGGCCAAUAGGCCCAAGUUACAUAGUUUACAUAGAAAUGACCCUAAUACAUAUUCUAUAUAAACGAUAGCACACUACAUAGAAUUUCCUUCAACACUCCCCCUUGUGCUGAGUUGAAUAGAAUUUGGUAUCUGUCUUGUUGUCUCAUCAAAACCUCUGUCAAGUAACAAAAACCCUGUGGGGAAAAAUAACCUUGACUGGAAAAAAGAGUAUAGCGUCACGAUAGGCUUCUUCCAUUAAGUCUGUGUUUAUUUGAUCCUUGCUUUGAUCAAUAAAGCGUAUAUGUAUUGUUACCUCAUCAAAAACCUUACCAAGUAACAAAACCCGAUGGGAAAAAUAAAACUUGGUUAAAAGAAAAGAGUGUAACGUAAUGUAGAUGGGGAACUCCCCCUCAAGUCUACACAUAUCCUUAAUAGUUACAUUAAUCAAGGAUGUUUGGAAAGUUCAUGAAUUCCAAUACUUGCCACAUUACUUACCUUAGCGAAGGCACACAAAUAGAGGAAUAUAAUUCCUUUAAUUCUCCCCCUGUGUGCCGAGUGUAAGGUGAUUAAUGUUAAAAUUAUUAACUUGUUAAAAUUAUUAACUUGUUAAAAUUAUUAACUUGUUAAACCUGUUGCCAAUGAACAAAACCCAAUGGGAAAAAUAAACAUCGGUCAAAGGAAAAUAUGAUGCACUAAUAAGCACGCGUCAAUUACUUUUGACUGCAAUAUAUUAAUUAUGUUCUUCCUUCAACAUAGUUUUACCUUUGCAAAUUUAAAGUGGGGGAUGGUGCAUAUUAUGUUGGCUCAAAAAACCUUACCAAGUAUCAAAACCCAAUGGGAAAAAAUAGACCUUGGUUAAAAAGGAAAAAGAGUACAACACGCCAAUAUAAUAUAAUUGAUGAUAAAUAAGUGUGUAAGUACUCCCCCUGAGUGCAACACAUCAAUAAGAAUCUAACAUUUACUUGAUAUAUACUUUUAUCAAGGUAUUUCGUAUAUAACAUCAUGGUUUCUUUCAUGAUAAAUAUAUACUCAUUAAUAAAAUAUCGAUAUAGUAAGGGGAUACAUAUCAUCGGUAAAACUCAAAUCACGUUGUUUUGUGUUAGAGUAAUACUUUUGAUGUUUUCAAUUCCUUUAGGAAUAUUGUUAUCAUCAAUCAUUUAAUUCAAUUUAUAAGGGAUGAAUAAAGAUUACUCCAAUGGUUUCAUAUAGAUAUCAAAGUACACUCUUGAUACCAUUUCAAUGACGAUAUCCGAUGUGUUGGUCCUGAGUUAUUUUUAGCUAACACGUUAUUGAGAAUGUAAUAUUUGGUCGAAUGUGUUGGUCAAAGUACAAUCAUGCGCAUAUUGCACUUACAUAGAGAAUUUCUCCUCCCAAUAACUUUUUAGUAAUGGAACUUUUCUAGUAUCCAUAUUUCGACCAAUCAUGGGAGUGCUAACAGUUUACAUUUAUCCAUAUCAAUUUUGCCUGAGAACCCUUUUGGAUAUAUGCAACUGGUGAAUUAGUAUUCAACCAACUCGGUUUUAAUUUCAAAACAGAACCAAGUUUCCCAAGAUCCUUUAUCUCAAUUAUGAUUUUCAAGUAUCUAACAUGUCUCAUGUUCCAUUAUGAGUACAUAUUAUGUCUAUAUCAUGGAGAUACAGUGAUAUUUGGAAAUUUAUUCCAUUAUAAAUGCGCUAGGCAUAAUAUAUUCAUUUUGCAUCCCUUUUCAGUCAAGUGGUCACUUAGGCGGGUAUGUCACUCCCGUCUGGAUUGAUUUAAUCCAAAUGUGAAUGUAUAUAAUGUUAUUAAAAACCACUUGAUAAAAACAUAAGUGCUUCAUAAAAACAUAACUGCUCUUAAGUAAGAUUGAGACAUUUAUUUGGUGACCCCAAUCUUUAGUUGCGUCUCCAUUACUUUGGAGGCUACUUAAAGAUUAAGUAGUUGAACAUUUUUGUGUUCAAAAUAGAGAAGUGUAUGUAACUUUUCAUAUUUGAAUCCAGGACGUAAUGAGAAUAAUUAGGACCUCAUUACCUCAAUACGCUUUCUAACAAAUAAUAAUUUAUGUCCUACAGGCUUUACACUUGGUUGAUUAGCACUAUCACACAAAAUACCUGUCUCUUUGUCAAAUAUUAAAUUUAUACCUGGAUUACUUGUACGCUUUUAGGCCAAAAUUCUCAUUGCUUUCAUGUUGCAAUAGAGUAUGGUUCGAUAUCAUCGUGCUCUAUAUUCGUUUGAGCAACCAUAAAUAUAUCGUCAGUAUAAAUGUAAGGUCUAUCAUUCGACUCAUACACACUCUCAUUAACAUGGAGAUUUUAAUUCUCUGGAAUCAUUUAAACUUCGGGGCGUCCCCCAUUAUUGAUUCAUGGACAUGUUUAGUCAGAGAUAAUCUUAUGAGAGGAAUUCAUAUGAUGACGAAUAUAUUGGUUUGUGCCUUAUCUACCCUCUACUACUUGGGGUGGAUAAUUGAUCGAACCAUAUGGCUUCACUCUGUUCCUUUAGAGACCCACGGCCUCAACCAUAACCCCACGGUUUGUGGUUGCAAUGCUUCUUCCUUUAGCAUUGUGUCUUUUAAUUUGAAUUCAAGCCUUAUAAAUAUAUUUGCAGUUAAUGUGUAUAAUCUGAUUACUUAAAUCAUUUAUGAUAAUUGAUAAACACUUCAACUUCAAUGUUACAUUUUGAAGUCUAAAGUUUAUCAUUGAGACAGAGUAGUGAUGUACCUGUCAUUUAAUUAGUGAAUUCUUUCUCUAAUCUCCCCCUAAUGACAGGAAAAUUAGUUGUCUCAUAAAAGUAAUAUUCCGCAAAGCGGUGAACACAUUAUUUGUUAAGGCUUGUAGCGGUUAUUAUUGGAGGUUCAUAUCCAACAUAAACAACAUUUGUCUUUUAAAACCGAUUAUAGUGCGCUGUGGGAGGCGCAUUAGGCACAAUUAGUUAACAAUCAUAUAUGUAUACGUAGAACAUCUCAGGCUAAGAUCCAGUCACCAACUGGUAUACACAAAAGGGUUGUCUACUGUCGGUCUAAAAACAAAUGUGUAAGAGUGCUUGCAAUAUUGCAUAAUCCCUUGAAAAUAAUUAUAUAUACGUGUGCGCAUAGUAGAUAUAAUAUUCAUCAUCUAUAUUCUUUUAGAUGUGAGUUUUAGUGAGACUUUAUUUUUACAUGGGAUGUGAGAUGAUUUCAUUGAUCUCGACAAAAAUGCAAUACUCAUCAAUUACUUCUGAUGAGAACUGUCUAGCAAUAACAAGUCAUAUAGACUUGAUUGGUCGGGUGGUGAGCCCUUAAAAGAAUAAAUUUUGCUAGAGGUUUUGCAAAUGCAACAUUUUAUGUGACAAGAAAAUAGAUAGCAUGAGGAGAUUUCUAUCAAACCAUAAUUAUUUAAAUGGUCCGCAUUUUGGUAGAUAAGUUCUCGCAUGUCAUUGUAUUGAAAAAAAUGAGAUAUCUUUAAUGUUAUAGCCUUAGCAUAGAAUAGUCUCAAUUCUAUUAUUGCUAAGGAGUAAACUUUGAGAAAUAAUUGGCAUAUCUUCUACUACAUGUGCAUAAUGUGACGUACAUAUUUCUUCUCCUAUUUUAGAAGUUAUAUAUUCAGUGGCGGACACACAUGGGGGCUAUGGGGGGCUGCCGCCCCUCCGGGGAAAAAAAAAUUAUAGGUAUAUUUACCCCGAAAUUUUUAAUAUAUAUGUAUUUGUAUGUAUAUUCUUCUACUGCUGCCCCUGCUACUGGGAAAUCCUGCGUCCGCCGCUGUAUAUAUUACUAGGCAUUUUUUGUAUUUAGCACUACCCAGAUCAACACAUUACAUUGUGUUGAAGGCUAAUCUCAUUUUGGUUUUAUUUUAAAAGAAAAUAGAAUCCAAGUCCAUUAUGCCAAUGAUCGUAGGCGUCAGUGUCCUAAAGCGCCAUUAGUGAUUUACAAUUCACUAAAUGGACUUAUGAUUAGUUUCUCCAAAUAUGCAUUUUCUUUUGCAUAAUAUUUUCUAUCUCAUUUUUUUUUUAGGGAAAAUUAAAGCUGAAUAAAUUUUAAUUACUUCUAGUACAUUUAGAGUCAAGGACGCAAGGAGAAUACUAUUCUAUACCCUUAGACAUAAAUAUUUUAGUAAUUCAUCAUCCGUAAUCCUAUAAAUCGAAUUAAGUGAUAAGUGAAUCUUGAUUCAAUAAGUAACCAUAUAUCCUUUAGUCUAGUGUGGGUGACCCCAUGCAUGGUAAACCACUUAUUUAUGGAUGUCACCAAUUUAAAAAAAAACAACACUCGAGAGUUUUUUUUCUAAUGGAAUGAAGUACUUGUCAUUCCAUCAUUUUAUGAAUAUAUUUCAUUGUAUCCAUUUUGUUAUGAACAAAAUUCAUAGAUACAGAUAUAUUGAAUCUUAAUGUAUAAACACCUCAAUUCUCAAAUAUAUUUUGAGAUAAAAUAAUGAGAUGUCAAAUCAAUUUAAAAUCUUAAUUGGAUACACAAGAUUUAAACCAAACUUUAAGACUCAAAAAUAAGGGUAAUUAGAAGCAGUAAUGUCUAUAUUGCUAAAAUUCAUGAAGAUAUUAAAAAAAUUGAUAAAUCCAACAAUUUGAGAAUGUUCUUAAUCUCAACACAGUGGAUAAUCAUAUGGUCGAAUUUAUAUUUAGUCUCUCGUGUGAUGAAUCUCUUGUUCUUCAGAGGUUCUUAAUCGCUUACAAUCAAUGGGUGUACGUACUUUUUCACCCUUUUACUAUAUGGAUCAAUACGGAUUAGAGCUCGACCCUUUUGCUCCAAUAAAUUCUUAUUGAGAUAAAAUGUCAUAAUGGUUAUUGAUUGCUUUCUCAAUCUAAGUAUUUUAAAAUUAAGAUACCCACAAUCUUUGACAUUUCUUGAACUUUUAAUCAUCCCCGUAAAUAUUGGUUCCGAUUUCAAGAGGAAAUUGAAUGACAAUGCUCUAAGUGCAUUUGAGUCCAAUACAUCAAAUUGUCAAGUUUGUGGGAUAAGUAGUACUCCGUAAAAAUCACACAAUCAUGACUACCUCUAGGGUUCUUAUUUUACAAAAAUAUAGACUAGAUUGUUGCAAUAAAGGGUCGUAUAUAGGGAAAUUAUAUUGGAAAUAUUGUUGGGAUAAACAUUCAUCACACAUUUCUAUAAAAUCAUGAUACUUAUGCAAUCAAACCAAAAUAAGCCAAUUACCAUAUAAAAGUACACAUACAUAUGCACUUUUGUGAGCACUCGGUACACUAUUAGUUUACAUUAUGAGUGCUCUUACUAAAAUAACAUGUAUUAUCUGCGAUUUUUUUUUUACCUGAAUUAGUGGGAGUCAUUUACAAUUAUUAAUUUACAAGAAGGUUGCAGUACCCUUUUUCUUUUUAAAAAAAUCGUGAGGCAAAUUAGCAUAUACUCGUACUUCUAAUGAAAGUAGAUAGUUUGGGUGUUACAGCCAAGCAAGUCAAAUCAUACGUACCGUAUAACUUUGGAAAACAGAGACCCCAUUCUGAAUUAGUGUGUAUUGAUAAAUGAUUAAACAAAUAAUACGGAGUACGAAGUAAAAUGAAUUCACUGUAUUAAUUCCAAUGGAUACCUGAAUUAGUGGGGCCCUCCACGUUCUUCUGUCCUCUGUUUGCUUGCAAUAACCACGAGCAAACUAAAAGUUGCAUCCUCCCAUCAGCUGCCAUGGUCUUUAGCAGUAGAUCUGGAGGACGCUGGUGUUCAGCGGCAAUCCGGUGGGCAAGCGUCGGCCUUCAGCGGCAGAUCCGGCACGCAUGGGCCUUUCAACGACGGGAUCCGACGAACGACGGCAAAAGACUGAUUUCGGUGGCCAACUGAGAAGAGGGGCUGUGUGGGGCGGUCGGUUGUUCCGGCUGUGUGGGGCGGCGAUGGCCUUGACCACCAAAUAAAGAUCUGGGCGGUCCAUUCAGCAGUGAGCUUGCCAGCGACGAUGAAACUGUGAGUGACAGAUGAUAUUCGAUCUAGAUCCGGAGGUGGGGUGCGAACUGCAACUUCCGGAAGACUGUCCCGCGGCGGGACAUGAGAAGAAGAUGUCAACUAGGAGGGGUUUGCCAGGAUGGCUGUGGACGGUUGAAAACUAAAAUUCUUCGACCAGCGAAGCAGUGGAAAGGAAUUUUUUUUUAUGCGGAUGAAGGAGAGCAUUGGAUGAUGGACAUCCAUUUGUCCUACAGUUUAGUUUCUAAGCGGUGGCGGAUGCCAGUGCUUCCAAAGGCGGAGCAGACGAAUGGUGAUGGAAGAGAAGGGAGAGAAAGCUAGGGUGAGACUGUCGUGCUGAUAACGUGUUGUAGGGAGAAUUGUUCGUAGAGUUUCAUUACCGAAUGCCCCUAUAAAUAGGGAUAGAGUAGGGUUUACAAGUACAGGCCAAUAGGCCCAAGUUACAUAGUUUACAUAGAAAUGACCCUAAUACAUAUUCUAUAUAAACGAUAGCACACUACAUAGAAUUUCCUUCAACAAAUUAUAAUAUUUUAGAACAAUCUAAAAAAGAUCACAUUGUUAGAAGAGAAAAGACAUACGGAGUAAGAAACAUGAAAUUCGUCGAAACGUUGUUGUUAGAUGGGUUCACUUCCAGCUCAGGUCUCAAUUUAUCACCCACAAAGGAUGCUAAAUACCACUAGGAUCUCAAGGGGAAAAGAUGGGCAACAACCAUCAACCAAUUCCGGCCAAAUCAGUCUGUUUCCGGCCAACCCAGUCAAUGGGCGAAAAUUGGGAGAAGAAGGGGGUUUCCAACCAAAACAAACUCAAUCGGCAGAGAGGAGAGAUUAAAUAGGUCAAGCACAAUAACAAAGAUGGUAAAGCUUACCAUAUUAGAGAGAUACGCAGAUGCUUGCAUAAGGAAAGGGAAAGAGCCGAUGUACCGAACACAGAAGCCGGAAGUAUUCAUCGCAAAGGGAAGCCGAUGGAGAAAUCAAAGGAAUGGGCCGAGUACUCCAAAUGAAAUGAAUUGGGCUAAGGGAAUUGGGGGCCAAUACCAACACAUUCUCCACCUUAUUGGACCCUAGUGGCGUAGAGUCAAAAGACUCUAAAACAUACAUGAGACUCAUCAUCGCUGGAUUGCCCGAAUAAUCACAAAGACAUAUUCAGGCAAAAGGGGUAAGAUCACCAGGCAACUUAUCCGCAAUCAAUGUUUAACGUGCGUUUGCACGACAGCAACUUUUCGACCGAGAGACAUUUAGUCCCCAUGUCAGCAGGAUUAAAUUCCGACGGAAUUUUAAUCAACUUGAUAUGACCUGCACUAACAAUAUCACGUAUAAAAUGAAAUCUAACAUCAAUGUGCUUAGUUCUAUCAUGAAAAACAGGGUUUUUACACAAUUGAAUAGCAGAUUGACU